AUGGGAGUUUGUAUAAGUAACACCCAACCAACGACAACAGAAAUAGCGGGAGAUCAGAUGAUUCCUGGGUAGUUGAAUAAGCCUAGUCUGUCCUUAUCGAGUUUGGCAGUGGAAGUAGAUGAAAUAUCAGAACUAUUAUAGCCUCGAAGAGGGGACAGGAAGCGUUAAGCCAAGAUAGAAGUGGUUGAGGAACAAAUCCAUGAGAAUGUAAUGAAGUAGCAGAAGGAGAAAAGUCCAUUUGAUUUUCAAAUGAUUUUGAAUGCUUUUGGAAAUCAUUUCAUGUUUGCUUAACUCGACAAUAAUGACAAGUAAUGAUAAUGGUAAUGUAGAGCAAAACUAAUAGAGGAAAUGUAUUAUGUUACUUCAAAAGAUUAGGAGUUUGUUUUUAAGCAAGGAGAUAAAGCGACAUUAUUUUUCAUAAUUGGUAGAUUUCAUAAAUUAUUCACAAAGAACGAGGCUAAUGUCAGAUAAUAAUAAAUGAGGAGAAAAAGAGAGUGCUGAAACCAUCUGAAUUUUUUGGAGAGUUGGCAUUGAUGUAUCAUGCUCCUCGUUCAGCAUCUGUGAUUGCAAUUGGAGAUUGUGGAUUUUGGGUUUUAGAGAGGUAUAAAUUUCGAAAGGCUGUUGAGGAUAUCUAAUAAAAGGCAUAUGAAACAAAUAGAGAAUUUCUGGCAUAAGUAAAAUUUUUUGGUAAAUUUUUCAGUCAUUUUAGAUUUCAUGACUGAAGAACAGAGAGACAGCAUAGCCAAUGUCUUGAUCACAUUGAAGUUUAAGUAAGGAGAGUCCAUAGUAAAUGAGGGAGACAUGGCCAAUUCCUUUUACAUAAUUUAAAAAGGCACUGUUCAAGUAACCAAACAAGGCCAAUUCCUAAGAUAUAUGAACUAAGGAGAUUCCUUUGGUGAGUAGGCUCUGUUUGGGAAUUGUGUAAGAGGAGCAACUGUCAAAGCCCAUGACUCGGAUGUCAAUUUACUGUCUUUGAGCAGGGAAGAUAUCACAACCAUAUUGGGAGAGAAGAUUCAGGUACAGAACUUGUAUUAUUUAGUCACAUAGUUAAUCAUCUACACCAAUAUGCAGAAGUGGGCAUUUGAGAAGCAUCCCAAAUUGAGAGAUUUAACUAAAAUGCAAAUCCAAAAGAUUGUUUCGAAUUUCAAGAUCAAAAGUUAUGAGAAUAAUGAUUGCAUCUUCAAAAUGAAUUAGUUAGUCGAUAAGUUAAUUAUCAUUCUCGAUGGACAAUUAGAAUUUGAAGGUCAAUUAUAUAACAAUGGUCAACUCUUCGGAGAUAAGUAUUUGUAAAUGGAAGAACAAAAACGAAAAAUCAAUCAUGAUAUUAAAACUAAUCGCAAAACUACUCUGUCAGAACUUCCUUUUAGACAAUUCUUUGAAUGCAUAGGAGGAGAAUUGGAAACUGUUGUUAAAAAAAAUAAGGAUCGUGCUGGUUCCUCUAGUCUAUUGGAGAAAAAAUAAAAAAGCAAUUACUCCUUGCUUACUUUAGAAGAUUUCAUUGGAUUGAAGUUACUAGGAGAAGGAACCUUUGGAAAUGCCUAUCUAGUCAAGGAUAUUCCAUAGUAGAAUAUGCAUGUCAUGAAAUGCGUACCUAAAGUCAAUAUCAUUGCCAAUAACACAGAAAGGCACAUCAAAAAUGAGAAAUAAGUGUUGGGAUUACUUAAUCAUCCAAAUUUAGUUUGCUUUCGCAGAUCCUUUAAGGAUUAGAAUUAUAUCUACUUAUUGACAGAGUAUGUCAAGGGCAAAGAAUUGUUUCAUGUGAUUAGAGAAAUAGGGUUGUUGAAUUCUUAUGAAACAUAGUUCUAUAUAGCUUAAAUGAUAAACAUCCUGGAGAAAUUGCAUUCCCAACAUAUUAUCUAUAGGGAUGUGAAGCCUGAAAAUUUCAUUGUUAUGGAAAAUGGCUAUAUCAAAUUGAUUGAUAUGGGAACUGCAAAAGUCUUAAAGUCAAGAGCCUCUAAAACCUAUACUCUUGUUGGAACUCCACAUUAUAUGGCUCCUGAAAUUUUGAAGGGCAAGGGGUAUAGUUUCUCAACCGAUCUAUGGUCUUUAGGUAUUUGUUUCUAUGAGCUCAUGUGCGGAGAGGUACCAUUCGCUGGGGAUGAAGAAGAUGAUCCGUAAUUAGCCUUAUUUAUUUAGAUUUAUAAUAGAGGAGGCUAUUUUAAAUGGAAAAUUGGAGUAUCCGUAAAUUCUGAAGGAUUUCAAGGCUAUCAAAUUGAUGGAUCAAUUAAUGAAUAGAACACCAGAAUUGCGAUUGGGAGGAUCUUUUGAUGCCUUAAAGGUCCAUCCUUGGUUUGAUGGGUUCUAGUGGGUAUUACAUUUAUUCUUAACAUUCAAGGAAGAAUUAGAAGCCUUUCAAAUAAAGCCUCCAUACUAUCCGAAAUUAUAGUAGAUGAUUUUUGAAGAAAUGCCUUUUAUAGAUAUGAUCUAAAGAGAUACCAAUCCAGAAAUGAUUUGCACUUAAUUCGUAGACUGGGAUUAAGACUUUUGA